AUGGAAAACACCCGGCAUCAGGCUACCGCAGAGGUGGAUUGUGAAGAUGAGCCUGCUCUCAUCGUCCAGCUUCGGCCGCCGCAGCACGCCCUCGACCACAACAUUGUACGCGCUGCUAGCACAGCGCAUCCAGCACUAGCCCCCACCAUCGAGGAUCUCGAUUUAUCACUACCCAGAGGCAUAUGCGCAUACGAGAUGAGAAAGGUUGACGGCACGCCGCUGAGCCGAUUACAGCAGCAUGGACAUUCACUCGAUGACAGUGCAGGAAAGCGACUAGAGGGCCUCAUCACAAGUUUCGCGGAUCUUAUUGCACAAAGCUGGCACUCACCACAGGAAGUACAUGAUAUCACCCGAACGGUACGGGCAGAUUCACCCAUGGAUGAGCGUCCAUCGAUGCUCGCGCAGUGCCGCGGCAAAGUCGGCUCAACGAUGAUCUCUAGACUUGGGAGGCUGGCUAGUGAGCUACCGGAUACGUACCUACGCGAAAGAGCGCGAGAGACAAUGCGCGCGAUACAGCGGAUGGAAGACUACCCAGUAGUACUCAAUCACGGGGAUCUCAUCCCAUCCAAUAUCCUGGUUGACCAGAACACCUGGGAGAUCACAGGCCUGGUAGACUGGGCGGAGGCGGAGUACUUACCUUUCGGGACCUGCCUAUACGGACUCGAGCAUCUCCUUGGAAACAUGACAACAUCUCUCCCCGGAUCUGCGCUCACGUGGAACUACCUCAACGGUGCGACGCAACUUCGUGAGCUUUUUUGGUCGCGCUUGAUCGACGCCGUACCGGAGCUGGAAGCUCGAAUGGGCGACGUGAGAGUGAUGAGAGAUAUGGGUGUGCUGCUUUGGCAUGGCAUCGCUUGGGAUGAUGGUGCUAUCAAUCGCGUCGUUAAUGAUGGGGAAGAUGUGGAAGAGCUGGUUAAACUUCGCGCGUUUCUGACCGCAGGAUGA